AUGUUUCUCCAGUAUUAUCUCAAUGAGCAAGGAGAUUGGGUCUACACGAUGAAGAAAUUUGACCCUAUGGGACAACAGACCUGCUCGGCCCAUCCUGCUCGGUUCUCCCCAGACGACAAAUACUCGAGACACCGAGUCACCAUCAAGAAACAGUUCAAGGUGCUCAUGACCCAGCAACCUGGCCCUGUUCUCUGA